AUGACGGUGAAAAAGCUCGGCGGCCGUACUGCUUUCGCAUCCCGCCUUGAUCAGAUCGGUUUCUGGGGCGCCUCCUCCACAAAUCCAAACGACAUGAAGAACAACUGCGUUUCCGUCACUUUUGCCCGCAUGUUCUGGUAUUCCACUGUCCACGAGUUCUGGGAUGAUGUCUACGGCCGAUCCAAACCUUGGCCGGAUAGGGCACUCACCAAGCAGCAGAUCCUCGCCAUGCUCCGCCACGUGGGAUUCAAGUUCCACACGACCGAAUACAAGCCUUCGAAGAACAGCAGAGGCGAGGUGGCGAAGACGGCGUACCAGUCUUUUCUGGAAAAGCCGCCUGCUAAUGGCAGUGAUGGCACUAUAGCUUUCUGCUAUCUCAGAAAAGAUGGGAGCGGGCAUUUUGUUCUGUAUAUGCAGACUGGCCGGUCUGGUGCUCCGGCGGCUUCUAAGGAAUUCCAGGACUUUCAACAUGGGUGUAACUCUCAACGGGUACAGGGACGAUUGAUGGAUGAUGUUAGAGGUGCCAAGUGGAUUAUGGUCUUGCAUACGAGUGAGUGGGUCGGUGGUGCAGAGAAAGGACACAAGUGGCACACUGCAGCGGCAAGGAGGAUGCGAAGAUUUUAG